AAUUGGUCUUCUGCUGAAGAAGAGUUGCUAGCUACUGCUUGGCUCCACAUUAGCCAGCAACCCGAGAUGGGUACCAAUCAGACUGGCGAUGGUUUUUUCCAGCGAGUCACCAAUCACCUCGAGUCCAUCUCCUCGUUCACCAAGCGAGACAUGAAGUCUGUCAAAGUAAAAUGGUCUGCUUUAAAGACAGCUACGAUCAAAUUCUCAGGAAUCAUGGCUCAGAUUGAGCACAGUCCUCCCAGCGGUACUGUUCAGACUGAUUGGCCUGAACUCGCCAUCAAAAUCUACAACGAAUCGAACGCCAGAGCUCACUUCAAGUCUCUCGCAGCCUGGCGAAUCCUUUCUGCGGCGCCAAAGUGGAUCGUGCCACGUCCUCCACCAGGUCCUCUUGCAAUGUCAAUUUCUAGCGCCAGCAACCCCCUCAGUGACGCCUCCGGUGGCCCCUCCAGCGACUCAGCGCUUGAUUCAGGUGUCAAUACACCUCGUGCCUUGACUCCUCCUCGCCCCACUGGCAUGAAGAAAACCAAACGUCAACGACUUCAAGACGAGAAGGCUGAAGCGAUCGAAGAUCGCCAAGAUCAACUUAAACGGGCAAAUGAGUUAGCUGAACGUCGAGUCAAGGCUCUUGAAGAAGGAACCGAACUCACCAAGAAGAUGGCUUUAAAAGAUGCUGAAGCUAAAGAUAGUUUAGUUCAAGUAAAUGAUCUCAAAGUCUUAAUGAUGAAAGAAGAGAAUUGUCAUACCGAGCUUGCCAAGGAGACCCUCAAAUUAAUGCAACAAAGAUUAAAGGAAAAGUACUCAUCUGAAGCCUCGAGUAGUAAUUAGAAUCAAAGUUUUUUGUGCUACUUCAACUCACCAAUCGAUUUUGUUUAGAUUGAUAGUUACUUUUGCUGAACUCAAUCAAAUCUUGAAGACAAGAUGUUCUUCUUUGCUUUAUGCUCUUUGUAUUUCUUAAGUUUAUCGAAUCAAACACAUGUUUCAACUCAAGAUUGGGUUUUUUCUUGAAAAGAUGUUAUGUCUUUUAUUAUACUCUUUUUGUGUGUGUCAUUUUUAUCAAAUUGAGAACAUCAUUUAUAUUUCUUUCUUCUUCUAUUUGUUUCUGGUAGUUUGUAAAGACAAAAGGAAUAGAAAGAAACAAUUUGAUCC